UGAUUAAUGGCAGGAAAAAAGAAGAUAAGAAAAUUCGAAGUCAAAAGGUUGAGAUUUAAAACAUAUUAUUUGUUGUGAGGUUUUGAAAUGUUUAAUAUUCUUGUUUAGUUCUCAGGCAAGCGAAGAUGAACCGUACACCUCUUGUUAUCUGCCUAGUGAGUCUGAUCGUUCUUGCAUCUGCAAGAGAUCCAAUUUAUUCUUCAAAGGGUACAUUGAGCGGUGAUAUCCUACGAGGAAACGAUUCAAGAAUCAAGGGCUGUUUGGAGACAUGUCCAACUGUUAGAUCUCUCUUAGUAGUAUGCGGUACAGAUGGCAAGAGUUACGCUAAUAAAGGAAGUGUUGAAUGUGCUGAUAAAUGCUUGAAACCAUUUGGAGAGAGUGUCAAAUUUGCAUACGACGGAUACUGCCCUGAAGAUGUCCCACCAGAAGAAAGGAAUUAACACUAAAUACUCAAGAAUUACGACUCUUUGUAAUCAUGCAGAAUGAAAUAUAAUAUAUGAUAUAAAAAACAA